UUCACACCACUUCAUCUAAACUAUAAAUCAGCAACAAACGACAUUAAUGGCUUCCACAAAAACAAAACAUCAAUAAUUAAUGGCCUCACAAACUUUUCCAGAGGUUUUCAUUUCCCCAUCCGUUGCUUCCACCGACAAAGAAGUGGCCAAAGAGCUCCUCCCUCUCCUCCGCGUCUACAAGGACGGCUCCGUCGAGCGCCUCCUCGGCUCGCCGGUCGUCCCUCCGUCGUCUCCCGACCCCGAAACCGGCGUUUCAACCAAAGACAUCACUAUUUCCACUCACCCCAAUAUCUCCGCUCGCAUAUACCUCCCAAAUCUCCCACAAACCAAUGCCAAUGACAAAAAACUCCCCAUCUUGGUCUACUUCCACGGCGGCGGCUUCUGCCUCGAAUCCGCCUUCUCCUUCCUCGACCACCGGUACCUCAACCGCCUCGCCUCCGAAACCGGAGUUCUUGCCGUCUCCGUCGAGUAUCGUCUCGCCCCGGAGAGUCCUCUCCCCGCCGCCUACGACGACAGUUGGGCCGCUCUCCAAUGGGUUGCUAACCACUCCGGUCUUGAACAAGUGCUAGUCCAGCAGGAGCCGUGGCUAGUAAGCCACGGCGACUUCGGUAGACUCUACAUUGGCGGCGACAGCGCGGGGGCCAACAUCGUCCACAACGUCGCUCUCCGCGCAGGGACCGAGUCCGAGAGCCUGCCUUGCAAUGUCAAGAUCCAUGGCGCGUUCCUCGCUCAUCCUUACUUUUGGGGCUCCAAGCCGAUCGGCUCAGAGCCAAAAGGGUUUGAGAAUGCACUAGAACGUUUGGUUUGGGACUUUGCGUACCCGUCAGCAUCGUGGGGGAUCGAUAACCUGAUGAUCAACCCGGUGAGCGGGGGCGGUGCGCCGAGCUUAGCGGGGCUCGGGUGCUCGAGGAUGCUGGUGUGUGUGGCGGGGAAGGAUCGGCUGAGGGAGAGAGGGGUUUGGUAUUAUGAGGCGGUGAAGGAGAGUGGGUGGAAAGGGGAAGUUGAGCUGUUUGAGGUGGAGGAAGAGGAUCAUGCUUUCCAUAUAUACAACAUUGAUUCUCACAAUGCUAAUGUCAUGAUCAAACGCUUGGCUUCUUUUCUUGUUUGAUAAUUAAUGAAAUGGUGUUUUUCUUGCUCUUUUUAAGUGUUCUAGUUAUGUAUCUAUGGUGCUAGUACCAUUCAUGAUGUGUUAUUUGUGUAUUGGAAGUAAUGUUUUAUGGAUUUCCGGUUGCAUUGAGAAAUUGCACGAUGGCCAUGACAAAUUGGCUGAAAUAAUAAACAUAAAGGAUUACUAAAUUGUAA